CCCACAAUUUCACGGAACUCUUUGUUAAACGUUUGCUUCUAAAUAUUCAUAAGCCUACGUCUCUAGAAGAUGAAAUAGCAACGUGUGUCUAAUUAAUAUUUAUGAGGAGGCGUUCGCUAUUAGAAGGACAUUAAAAACAUUGGUUCUAAAUCUAAAACUUUUCAUAGUACGUUUCCUAAUUCCGCCACUCCCUGCUAAAGACAAACUUACUUUGGGUUUACACUACGAGUAGUUAAACAACCUUCCGGAUCAUCAAAACUACUUGUUUGUAACAUUUGACAACACAACUUGACCAUGUCGGACUGUGUGGAUGCCAGACAAGUGAAAGAAAAAGAGAGUUCGUGUUUUACAGAUGCCGGAGUCGAUCAGACGGAUGCCAAACCACGUUCAGAUGUUUUUCAAUACAACAUGAACUACCCCAUUAUAGGACAAUGUGUCAUCAUCAACAACAAGAACUUUGACAGAAGAACAGGAAUGGGAGUUCGUAAUGGGACAGACCAAGAUGCCAAGAAUGUGAUAGAGACCUUCUCAAAGCUGGGCUUCAAAAUCAAAAUUAGCAAAGAUCAGACUGUCUCACAGAUGGGAGAUCUGUUAACUAAAGUGUCUCGGGAAGAUCACAGUCAUUCGGCCAUGUUUGUGUGUGUGUUGCUGAGUCAUGGAGAAGAUGAAAUGAUAUUUGGCACAGAUGACUGUAUCAAGAUGAAAGAACUCUUUGCACUCUUCAAAGGAGACUGCUGCAGAUCACUGGUGGGGAAGCCCAAGCUUUUUUUCAUCCAGGCUUGCAGAGGCUCAGAGCUAGAUGCUGGAAUUGAGGCUGACAGUGUAAGUGAACAGGAAACACAGAGGAUUCCUGUUGAGGCAGAUUUUUUGUAUGCCUACUCCACUGCACCAGGUUAUUACUCCUGGAGGAAUGUUGCUAAUGGUUCCUGGUUCAUCUCGUCAUUGUGUGAGAUGCUGUCAAAAUAUGGCAAGCAACUGGAGAUCAUGCAGAUCAUGACACGUGUCAACCACAAGGUGGCGCUGGACUUUCAAUCCUCCUCCAAUCUGCCAGGAUUUGAUGGCAUGAAACAGAUACCCUGUAUUGUGUCUAUGCUGACCAAAGACCUCUAUUUCUCUAAAUAAUGCAUGUGUAUUUUACUGAUUAAGUAGCAGUGGGAUAAAUGCACUUGGGAUCAUUUUUUAAUACUAUUAUGUAGCCAUUUAAGGCACUGCAGACUGCAGCCAAUACAGGAAGAAGGGAUAUUCUAAGGGAAACACUGGAUUUUAGUGUAUUAUUAUCUCUGUUUACAGUGCUGGAUUUGAUACAGACAACUUUCUUGUGAUCUUUUUUUUUUUUUUUUUGCACGCAUAGACUGCUUUGUCACUUCUCAGGUUUAUCAUUAGUAUGCAUUAAAGAUUCUACAAGAGGAAAUUUUGAAUAUAAACACUAUCAAAAAUGUUUACUGUGACAAAUAAAUGUUUAUAUACUUUGGUAUUUAG